AUAAUAACUAAAGGCCAACAAGCAGAAGGUUGAUAAGACCGACGGCCCAGCAGCGUUUUAUAGGCCAAACAUUGUCAACAAUUUGACAAACAGUAAACGUUCGUCUAGCGUUAAAGAUCGUUAAAAAAAAAAUAAUGAGCCAAUUUUGUGAUAUACAAUUGGAGCGGCCCAGUGGGGUCUAUCAUGCCGGCGAGACGGUCAAUGGCUAUAUCAAUCUCACACUAACGGACCGUGCGCUAAUCAAAGCCAUUUCACUGGAGUCCAAUGGAUAUGCGUGCAGCAACUGGCUGAAACCACAAAAACAAAAGAAGCAAAGGGCGAACAAUAAGCCACAAGUGCUAAAGCCAAUGAUUGCCUAUGGUCAGCGUGUGGAUUACUUUGCCAAGGUGGAUUACUUUGUGGGCUCGGAGGAGGCGUUGCCGCAGCUGAUGGCGGCGGGCACCUAUUGCUACAACUUCAGCGUGCAGCUGCCGGCAAACUGCCCCAGCAGCUAUGAGGCUGAGCACGGACACAUACGCUACACAUUGCAGCUGAUGCUGAGACGCAGCUCCGAUUUGCCGCCGGAGCCGGCGCAGAUAUGUCAAAUACAUGUGCAGCAGCGAUGGGAUCCAAACCAGGAGGCAAACAGCGGCCAGGCGCCAUGUGAGGUGACUGCGUUGGAGCAGACACCAUCGCUGAAGUUCUGGCAACGAGCGCUGCACCUACAGUUGGAUAUACCACGCAGUAGCUAUGAGCUGGGAGCUGGUAUAUCUGUGCAUGCGGAGCUACAUAAUCCGCAACAGCUGCCGCUGCAGUCGAUCAUUUACAAGCUGAAUCUGGUCAGCACAUAUGUGGGUCAUCAAUUGGAUAAGCCGAAGCGGGUCGACAGCCAAGUAGUGCGUCGCAAUCUGAUCAGCAGCAGUCAUCAGUUGCAGUCGUUGCCACGCCACGGAUUGCUUCACUUUCAGCAUCUGCACACUUUGCAUGUGCCACAUACACCACCCACUAUGGGCGCUGCUGUCUGCGGCUGCCUGCAGUUGAGCUAUGAGGUUGAGGUCGUCGUCCAAACCAAAUCCUCGGCACGAUUUAUUGCUGCCCAAAUUCCAGUCAUCAUUAGCCAGGUAACAUCUUCACACGCUGGCCCGCAAAAGGCUCGCUCGAUGUGCGAUCUGCAGGCGGUGGGCGUGUCCACUGCGCCCAGUGCACCCAGUGCGCCCAGUGCGUCCAAUGAGACACCCGAGACAACUGCCUUUUCCAGCACAGCGCCAAAUCUAUGCGCUUCCAUGUGCUGUUUGGUUUCAAAUUUUCGAGAGGCGGAGUUCAUGAAAGCCAGCAAUGUGAACAAGAAAGAUAAACAUUCGAUUUCUGGAGAACAGUUAGAUUUUAGACCACGUUAUCUCUACUAUGAAAUGGAACAUGCUGAAACCGAAAGGGUUCUCUGAAAAUACAUACAUUAACUAUUAAUUAUAAGUAUAAGUAUUAUUGCUUAGUUUUUACCUGUACCUGUGAAUAUUGAUUAUAUAUUUAUUUAAUUAAAUUUAUUGAU